AUGCUUAACCGCUACAACGUCCUAUUUUUGUGCUUCGGUGCUGACGCUUCGUUUGGACCUGGUUCGUCGUCUGAUACCGUCCCGAGUCUGAGUCUAAAUGCAAACUCCUAUGAGGCAAAUCCCCACCUUCCCUCCGCCUCUCUCGACACGACUGCAUGCCCAGCUACAUCUGGUCCCUCAGCACCUGCUACUGCUCCAGUCAGUUACUCUUUUGCACAAGAAACCGUGGAAGAAACAGGUGAAGAACGUGGCAAGGCCUCCGUGCCAGGCGUGUCAAGCGGCUCGGUACCACAGCCAUCCGCAGCAUGGGAAGAAGGAACCGAAGAGUCACCGAACCAGGAUCCACGCCGAAGGGUUUUUUCUUCCGCAGCGUCUCCCAACGCGUCCGUAAAACCUGUACCAUCAACCGAGCGGACAAGGGCGAACGAUUUCCUACCUUCCAGUGCCACGUCCUGGGACGUAGGGAGAAGAAACCACGAGACAAGCUGCGGAUACUCUCGAGACGAGGAGAGCACGGUUUCUCUGGACGAACCGUUUCGUGAUUUUUCUUCCCCGUCCCGUCUCUUCUCUCUGUCAGCACCGCUGACUCCCCUUCCUGUGCUGGUGGAUCCCGCUGACCUCACGCGCCACCAUAUCUGUCUGGGCGCGCCGUCUCUUCUUUCUGUCUCUGACGCCUUGUCGUAUAUCCCCACUCUCACUGUGCUCGAGGCUGUAGGCGGAACUGCGUUGUUCGAUGCCGCAGCCAAGGAUAGAACUCCGAUACCUUCUUCCGACGCUUCCUGCGGCUAUCGCGGCGAAAACGGAGCGGAACAUCCAAUCCGUACCCCAAACCGAUACAGCCUCGUUGGGGAGAGGGUCGGUUCGCACGCCGAGGCAAAUGGGAUGGCACGGGCGACGAAUCUAUCUGGCUGUAGCUUCUCGAACGUGGAACAAAGUCCAGCGGAAACGCUCGGCGAAAAAGAAGGGAAAUUGAGCGCCUACUUAGUUGUAGACCCUGUUUACUCAGUUGUUAUGCCGGAGCCUUGCAGUUUGAUUGCAAAUCUCGACUACAUCUGUAACCUCGUGCAAGUGAUACUCCUCCAGCGUCUUCGCCUUCUUUCCCCUGUCAGUGAUGGGAGUGCCCAUAUCCUCCGAACACGGUGGAAGCCAGCGUCACUCUGGGAGGCGGGAAAUGUGAGCAGCGAACUCUCGCGUUUCUCAAACCAAAAGAAACCCGAGGGACUGACCGGGUCUAAACUUGCGCGCUGUCAUUCGGACCGAGGGAACGCAAACGGGGAGGACAGCGUCUCCGUUUCGACCGCCUUAUCACAAGUGACCCGCCAUGGAUGUGGAAAAGAAACUGUACGACCGCGGUUCUUAACCUUUGUAGAUCGGUUCGCUUCUCUGGGUUCCGAGGAAAUCAAGGCUCUGCCUCCGCGUGAGUACCUGAAGGCGACGGUUAUCCCCGUGCUCCUUCCAGCAAUCGAAUCUGUCACACGAGAUCGCCCUGAAGACCCUGUGUCUUGGAUAGCUUUCUACCUCCUUCGGCAUGCGACACGAUUUAACAGAACCGAAAAACAAGUUGGUCGGGACCAUCCUGAACUGUUUCGUCUCUUCACAUCGCUUGCGUCGGGAUCUGAGAGACCUCGAGAGACAUCGCCGUCGCUGCCACGGAAGGGGAGUGGCGGGUCAUCUGUGCUGUCAAGUUCACAUGCCUCGGCUGCGAGAAGUGAAAGUACCGCCGACGGCGUUAAACCCACGUAG